AGACAGAUACUGCUGUCCUAUGAAUUGUCAGUGGACUCUAUUAAUGAUCCUUUUCGAAGACAGAGGUUAAUGAGUGCAGCCACUGUUAUUACAGAUAAUUUGCAACUGCAAGAGUCAAAACUGAAAUGCCCUUCAUUAUGUAAACGUUUUGCUCAAAAGUAUCUGAUUUGGAAUUGUUGUCCAUUCUGGAAAGUAGUCAAAGAGAAGGUGAAACUGGUAAUUUUGGAUCCAUUUGCUGAUCUCUUAAUCAUGGUUUGCAUUAUUGUGAAUACCUUAUUCAUGGCUCUGGAGUACCCUCAUAUGCCACGCCAUUACCAACAAAUGAUUUUUGUAAGUGACAAGGUGUUCACCCUGAUUUUUACAGCAGAAAUGAUCUUGAAAAUCAUCGCUCUAGAUCCUUACAACUAUUUUCAGCAAAAAUGGAAUAUUUUUGAUAGUAUAGUUGUUAUGAUUGGCCUAAUAAGCUUUAAAGAAAAUCUGUCAUUUUUCAGGCUGCUCAGGAUCUUCAAAUUGGCAAAAUCCUGGCCAGCCUUAAAUACUCUUAUGAAAAUAAUUCUAAAUUCAGUUGGUGCUCUGGGUAACCUCACUCUGGUUUUGAUUAUCACUGUAUUUAUUUUUGCUGUAGUAGGAAAGCAGGUUUUGGGCAAUUAUUAUGAGAAUAAUUACUAUAAAAUAAGCACCAAUGUGAAUUUACGCUGGCAUAUGAAGGAUUUUUGUCAUUCAUUCCUGAUUAUAUUCCGAAUACUAUGUGGAGAAUGGAUUGAAACCAUGUGGGAAUGUAUGGAAGUGGCUGGAAAAGGGCUAUGUCUUCCCAUUUUCUUGCUAGUCCUGGUGAUAGGAAACCUGGUGGUGCUCAACCUAUUCAUUGCCUUGCUGCUGAGUUCGUUCAGUACUGACUCCUCAAAGGGACAAGAGGAAAAUGGACAAAUGACUAAAUGUCAGAUUGCCAUUGCACGGAUUUGCAAGAGCCUGCAGUCUGUAAAAGACAGAAUGUUGGAUCAUUGUAGCAAAAUAAUGAAACAAAGCCUCAAAACAACAGCCAAAAAGAAGACUUUGGUGCAAAUUUCUGCCAAAGACAUAGAGCAAAAUAACUAUGCCAUGACAGAUGUCAGAAAGGAUAUAGACAACAAUUGCUUUGGCAUUUGGUAUUACAAUACUGAAGAGAGUUCCCCCAUAACAAGGAAAUAUGAAGAAUUUUUAACAAGUCAUAGUACCUGUGUUCCCAUUGCAGUAGCAGAGACUUAUACCAAUGAAGGUGAUGAUGAGCACAGUGUAUGCACAGAAAUAGAAUACAGAAAGCAGGGAGACAGAAUAAGACAUAGAGAGCAGUGUCGGAGUUCAAGCGGCUUCAGUCAGAUUUCUGGGACUUCUGAAAGCAUAAGUGGGUUUUCAGAGGCCCACCAAAAGAAAGAGCAAAAAGAGAAAUGUGAUGCUGGUAGCUAUUCUGAAGCCAGCACUGUGGAUCCGGUUAUUCUUCAGGAGAUGUUUCCCCAGCCUAAAAAGUCACACCUACCUAAGGACUGUUUUGGAGAAAAUUGUGUUGAAUGUUUCCCGUGUUGUAUAGUGGAUAUCAAUAAGUUUCCAGGCAGGACUUGGUGGAAAUUUAGAAAAACCUGCUACAGAAUUGUUAAACAUAGCUGGUUUGAAAAUUUUAUAAUUUUUAUGAUAAUAUUGAGCAGCGCAGCACUGGCAUUUGAAGAUAUUCACCUGCAGGAGAGAAAAAAAGUGAAAAUGCUCCUAGAGUAUGCUGAUAAAAUAUUUACCUACAUCUUCUUUAUGGAGAUGCUUCUGAAAUGGGUAGCUUAUGGUUUGCACAGUUAUUUCACAAAUGCCUGGUGUUGGCUUGACUUCAUCAUCGUAUGUCUGUCAUUUGUUUCCUGGGGACUAAAUACUGUUUCCAAAGACACAUCACCUUGUUCCUCUGGGAGUGCCCUGAAAUCUCUCAGGACUCUUCGGGCAUUGAGGCCUCUACGAGCUUUAUCAAGAUUUGAAGGGAUAAAGGUUGUUGUGAAUGCACUCUUGGGAGCUAUCCCCUCAAUCUUGAACGUUUUGCUCGUCUGUAUUGUCUUCUGGCUCCUAUUUAACAUUGCAGGAGUAAAAUUACUUGGAAAAAAAUUUUGGAAAUGCACACUCAAGAAAGGAAAUAUCAGUCUAAUUGAUAACAAAGAUGAUUGUACUUCCUUUAAUGGAACAUGGACAAAUAAUGAUGUAAACUUUGAUAAUGUUGGGAUGGGAUACUUGGCUCUUCUCCAAGUG